UUUCCAGAAGAAAAUGGCCGGCAUUGAGGACUUGAUGGAUGGGAUGCGGUUGGGUAGAGGCCGGAUAAAAAGAGGACGGGGAGGGAGGGUUCAAGGAGGUUGGAGUAGAGGGGGUAGAGGUGGAGGUUGGGGCAGGGGUGGAGGAGGGAUAGGAGAUGAUGAUCUACGGCAUAGGAUCAAUCAAGCUUCACCAGAGGAUUUACGGAACCGGUUGGAAAAGAGGACCAACUAUGAGGAGGAUAGAAGAGAAAGAUUACUGGGACGAGAGGAAAAAUCUACAAAACCUAAGAAGAAUACUGAAAACUUCACUCCUUCCCAUGAACCUUCACAGAUGAGGAUAAUUGCUGUUCCGGCCGGAUUAGUUAGGUAUAAUCGUGAAGUACAGACUAGAGAUGUACUCCUUGUAUCUGACCUAUUCUGUAAACCUGCAGAUCUAUAUUUGUACAACAAGUUGAUGCAUGAACUCUCAGAAUCUGGUUUAACUGAACACCAGAUCUGGGCUUCCUGGCAUGGAGACAGCCAUUUGAUAGCAAAUGACCAGACAAACUGGAAAAAACACUGUCCUACCUUCCACAUGGUUCUAGACAAGAUUGCAGACUAUUUCAACAUGGAUAUCAAGGCUACCCGAUUAAACUGGUAUAGAAAUUCUUCAGAAUGGAAACCUUUUCAUCACGACGCUGCAGCCAUCAAAGAGGAAAAAGCUAAGCAGUCGAACUUAACCGUUGCGGUUUCUUUUGGUUUAGAACGUGACGCGGCAUUUGAGCACGCUAAAACAAAGACGAUUAUCUCCAGCCCACAGCCAAAUGGGUCCGUGUAUGUGUUUGGACGGGAUAUUAAUGUACUAUGGAGGCAUGGUAUCCUUCAGAUGCCUCCAGAAAAGGCACGAGAGGAGGGGCGUGUUUCUGUGAUUGCCUGGGGGUGGGCGGACCAGGUGGAGGUCUAGGAGAGGAGGGGCGUGUUCUUGUGAUUGCCUGGGGUUGGGCGAACCAGGUGGAGGUCUAGGAGAGGAGGGGCGUCUGCGUGUCUCUGUAAUUGCCUGGGGGUGAUGGACCAGGUGGAGGUCUAGGAGAGAUGGGGCGUGUCUCUGUGAUUGCCGGAGGACGGGCAGACCAAGGGGAUGUCUAAACUGCCGUGAGUGUGAAAUCUAAUUUAUUAAUCUACCUUCCUUGAACAAUGUUUUUGUUGUAUUGUACAUUUAUAAACUGAGAAUCUCAAAAUAUUUAUUCUUUCAGUGUUGUUAUUUUUUAAUUUUUAGUUUUUUGUCCGUAAUAGAAGUUAGCAAUGUUUAUACGAUCAUUAAAGUGAUUACUGACAGCCUAGCAAUAUUUAAAAGUUACAUUUUAUCAUUUUUGAGUUUGCUUGGUGAAUAUGGUAAAAAUCUCAGUAUAAGUUCAAUCUGAACUU